AUGACCAUCCGACACCAAGGCCAGCAGUACAGGCCGAGGAUGGCGUUUCUGCGGAAGAUCGAGGCCCUUGUGAAGGACAUGCAGGACCCAGACACAGGGGUCAGAGUGCAGAACCAGAAGGUCACGGUCAUCAGCAUCCCUCACGCCAUGACGGGAAGUGAUGUCCUCCAGUGGAUCAGCCAGCGCCUGUGGAUCUCCGGACUUGAGGCCCAGAACUUGGGCAACUUCAUCGUCAAGUACGGCUACAUUUACCCCCUGCAAGACCCCAAGAACCUCACUCUGAAGCCCGACAGCAGCCUCUACCGAUUUCAGACGCCGUACUUCUGGCCCACCCAGCAGUGGCCAGCUGAAGACGUCGACUAUGCCAUCUAUCUGGCCAAGCGAAAUAUCAAGAAGAAAGGGAUCUUAGAAGAAUAUGAGAAGGAAAACUACAAUUUCUUGAACAAAAAAAUCAGCUACAAGUGGGACUUCGUCGUCAUGCAGGCCAGAGAGCAGUACCGGGCCGGGAAGGAGCGGAACAAGGCGGACAGGUUCGCGCUGGACUGCCAGGAGAAGGCGUACUGGCUGGUGCACCGAUGCCCUCCGGGAGUGAACAACGUGCUGGACCACGGCCUGGACCGAGUGACUAAUCCAAAUGAAGACCAGAAACAGACAGUGGUUUCUGUCAGGAAAGAGAUCAUGUAUUACCGACAGGCCUUGAUGAGGUCCACGGUGAAGUCGUCCGUGUCCCUUGGAGGGAUCGUUAAGUAUAGCGAGCAGUUUUCAUCCAAUGACGCUAUCAUGUCGGGCUGCCUUCCCAGCAAUCCUUGGAUAACAGAUGACACCCGGUUCUGGGAUUUAAACGCCAAACUGGUGGACAUCCCAACCAAGAUGCGGGUGGAGCGCUGGGCCUUCAACUUCAGUGAGCUGAUCCGGGACCCCAAGGGUCGGCAGAGCUUCCAGCACUUUCUCAGGAAGGAGUUCAGUGGGGAGAACCUGGGCUUCUGGGAAGCCUGUGAGGACCUGAAGUAUGGAGAUCAGUCCAAGGUCAAGGAGAAGGCGGAGGAGAUUUACAAGCUGUUCCUGGCCCCCGGGGCGAGACGGUGGAUAAACAUAGACGGCAAGACCAUGGACAUCACGGUCAAGGGGUUGAAGCACCCCCACCGCUACGUGCUGGACGCGGCGCAGACCCACAUCUACAUGCUCAUGAAGAAGGACUCUUAUGCUCGCUACUUAAAAUCCCCAAUCUAUAAGGAGAUGCUGGCCAAAGCGAUUGAACCCCAGGAAACUACGAAGAAAAGCUCGAGCCUCCCGUUCAUGCGGCGGCACCUGCGCUCCAGCCCCAGUCCCGUCAUCCUCCGGCAGCUGGAAGAGGAAGCCAAGGCGCGGGAGGCGGCCACCACGGUGGACAUCACCCAGCCCGGCCAGCGCUUGGCCCCCAGCCCCCACCUGGCUGUGUACACCGGGACCUGCGUUCCCCCGUCUCCCUCCAGCCCCUUCUCCCCUAGCUGCCGCUCCCCGGGGAGGCCCUUCCCCUCGCCCGGCCGCUUCAUCCGGCGGCCCAGCAGUACUGUCUGCCCCUCACCCAUCAGCGUGGCUCUGGAGGGCUCCCCGGGCUCCGAGCGGAAGCGGGAGGCCGGCGCGUCAGGGGCGGCGGACGGGGCUUCCAUGGACCAGCCCCGGCCCCGGGCCCAGCCCAAGGCGCGCGUGCGCCUGUCCCUCGGCCGGUUCCUGAGACGGGGCUGUUUGGCUUCCCCGGUCUUCGCCCGGCUCUCCCCGAAGUGUCCCGCUGUGUCCCAUGGCAAGGUGCAGCCCCUGGGGGAUGCCAGCCGGCAGCUAUCACGACCGAGGUCACGGAGAGCAGCCAACUUUUUCCAGAUCAAGAUGGACGUGCCCAUGGGGAGCGGGGCUUGCCUGAUGGACUCGGAAGACACGGACCCCGGAGCGCGCGGGGACCAGGCCACAGAAAAGGGGGUCAUCUGCCCCUGGGAGAGCCCGGCGGAGGGCCACGCUGGCUGA